AUGGCAGGCGUGGUGCUCGGUAUUUUUGCCGCUGCAUCGAUUUUGAUGAUGAUUUCAUUACAUCACAUUGAAGAAGGUCAUGUUGGAGUUUACUUUAGGGUCACAUUACAAACAGAUGAAGCCAAAAACGUUCCCUGUGGUACAAGUGGAGGUGUCAUGAUAUACUUCGACCGAAUUGAAGUUGUUAAUAUUCUCAGUGCCAGCAGUGUAUAUGACAUUGUGAAAAACUACACGGUAGACUAUGAUAAACCGCUUAUCUUCAACAAAGUCCAUCAUGAAGUUAAUCAGUUCUGCUCAAGUCAUUCGCUUCAGGAGGUCUACAUAGACUUGUUUGAUCAAAUCGACGAAAACCUUAAAACAGCUCUACAGGAAGAUCUGACAGUGAUGGCUCCAGGUCUUUUUGUCAAGCGGUGA